UCAGGGCUGAGCCCCAGCCCCGGGUGAUGUCAGUGGAUCAGCUGCUGCCUCGGUUAUAACAAAGCGCCGAAGGAAGCGAGGAGAGCAGAGCAGAGGAGAGAGGCAAGCAGGCAAGCGUGCGCGCGCGUGGGUCCAUCCCUCCUGGCUGAGGAGGCGCCGAGCAAGCUUUGGCCUCCAGAGCUCGCCAGCCAUGGACAGUGACGAGGAGACGCUGGAAGAGACCGUCGAGGGAGCUCUUGAUGAUGAUGGGAUGCCACAUGGAUUCUGUACAGUCACAUAUUCAUCCACAGACAGGUUUGAAGGAAACUUUGUCCAUGGAGAAAAGAAUGGCCAUGGAAAGUUCUUCUUCUUUGAUGGAAGCACCCUAGAAGGAUAUUAUGUUGAUGACGGUCUGCAAGGCCAAGGAGUGUACACUUAUGAAGAUGGAGGGGCUCUCCAUGGCACCUACAUGGAUGGUGAACUGAAUGGGCCAGCCCAGGAGUACGAUCCUGAUGGACGAUUGAUAUUCAAAGGGCAAUACAAGGAUAAUAUUCGCCAUGGGAUUUGUUGGAUAUACUACACAGAUGGGGGUCACCUGGUUGGAGAGGUUAAUGACGAAGGAGAGAUGACUGGAGACAAAAUAGCUUAUGUAUAUCCUGAUGGGAAGACAGCUUAUUAUGGACAGUUUAUCGACGGUGAAAUGUUAGAUGCAAAGAUGGCAACCCUUGUAUCCGUAGUUGGGGGAAAGCCACAAUUUGAAGUACUACCUGGCAGCCCAGUAUACAGUUUUGAUAAAUCUACUUCAUCCUGCAUUUCUACAAAUGCACUUCUUCCUGAUCCUUAUGAAUCAGAGAGGGUAUAUGUUGACAUAUCUCUCAUUUCCAGUGCUGGAGAAGGGUUAUUUUCUAAAAUAGCAGCUGAUGCUAGCACAGUCAUGUCCUUUUACAAUGGUGUACGAAUUACACACCAAGAGGUGGACAGCAGAGACUGGGCAUUGAAUGGAAACACAAUAUCCCUUGAUGAUGAAACAGUCAUUGAUGUACCAGAACCCUACAACUAUGUAUCUAAAUACUGUGCCUCCCUGGGGCACAAAGCAAACCACUCUUUCACACCAAACUGUGUCUAUGAUUCAUUUGUUCAUCCUCGAUUUGGGCUGAUUAAGUGCAUUCGUACCACUAGAGCUGUGGAGAAGGAUGAAGAAUUAACAGUAGCUUAUGGAUAUGAUCAUAAUUCCACAGAACAGAAUGGCCCAGAAGCACCUGAGUGGUACUUAGUAGAACUGACGGCUUUCCAGGCAUCCCAGAAAAAGUGAAAUGCAGACCGCUUCCCUGUUCAUCAAAUUGGAUCUAUGCACUCCCCUUGACAACUGGAAUCAGGACGCCAGGGAUUGUUCUCUAAAUCCUUCACUCUGUGUCAGAGAGGGGUGGUUUGUUUGUUUUUUAAGCAUUCUAACAGGUUUGAACUGUUAUUUUAGAAUAAUUUUUAAAUCUUUAGCCAGUGUUGUGAAAUAACUAUUUAAUAUACUAUAGGAAACAGUGUGGUUUUCUUUGGCAACUAUUCUGUAUCACAUGCAAAGUUGUUGGAAUCUAAAAUAAGAGUAUAAAAAGACUUGAGAGGCUUGCCUACAGAUACAGUCUAGUUGUUCCUGUGCAGCUGUAUUUUGUAUACUUGCCAUUUUGUGAUGGUAAUAGAAUUGUGCUGUUUUUUAAUAUACUAGAGAAGUAGCAUCAA